AUGGGUAACUCGCAGAGAACGAUUCCUCCCUGUCGCAUGCAGAGGAGGAAGAGGAGUAGGAGAGGAGGAAGACAGGAGAAGGACAUUGCAGCUGUCUCUAACCUGGAUGUGGAGAGUAAGCUAACAGUGCACUACCAGGCCCCAUGGCACCAGCACCACAACGUGUUUCACCCCUGCAGCCGGCCGCCAUGCGUAGAGGAGCUCCACAGAUGUGCCAAGCAGAGCCUGCGAGCCCUGCACAGAGACCAACAGCAACGUCAACGGUCGAACAGCCGCGAGCGCAGAGUGACCAUCUCCAUCUCUGGGGCUCCUCCAAUGCCCACCCUCCCUUCCCCACGCACCCUCAGACGGCACGAGCAGAGGGGCAGGCACAGCCGCGCGUAUGACCGUACCCGCUCCCCCACCCCCACUGAAUGUUGCCUCUUCACCCCAUGGACCAGAAAGGCUGCCACUACCACUGACCCUGAUGCUGAGCCUGCAGUGGGCCACAGGUCUACUGGUGCUAUCCCCAACCCCCCCUCCACACUGGACAAGCAGACCAACUGGUCCAAGGCCCUGCCUCUGCCCACCCCCCAGGAGAGGAUGAAGAGUGACCCAGCAGUCGUGUCCUCGUGCAUCAUCCCCAUCAACGUCACUGGGGUGGGGUUCGACAGGGAGGCUAGUGUGCGCUGCUCCCUGGUACACUCCCAGUCUGUGCUGCAGAGGAGGAGGAAGCUGAGGAGGAGGAAGACCAUCACUGGUAUCCCCAGACGAGUUCAGCAGGACAUGGACUCUGAUGAGUCUCCAGUGGCGAGGGAAAGGACCGUGAUGGUCCACACCAACCCUCACCUGUCCCUCUGUCAGGAGGAGCUGUCCCUCCGAGGGGGACACACCAAGGACUCCGGCUGCCAGACGGACGACUGCCUGAUCGGUGGCGGUGGUGCCCCGUCCAGGAGACGUAUACGUGCCCAGCGCGGCGGCCAGGGGGGCAUCCCCGCCUCCCUCUCCCACUCCACCGGGAACAUCUCCUCGCUCCCCGACCACCCUGACACCGCCAUGUACACCGCCUCCGGCUCCCGCCUCCGCUCCCGCAGCCUCCCCCGCGAGGGCGGCCGCAUACGCGACGAGGACCAGGACGACAGUGAUGAAGAUGAGGAUGAUGAUGACGACGAUGAUGAUGAAGAUGAGGAGCUCUCUCCGUACGAGACGGAGGACUUCCUCCCGGGAACGGGGCCAAGGAUGUUAAAGGACGAGGAGGAGAGUACGGAUGACCAGGCCAUGCCAGAGCUGCAGCUGGGGAGUCUGAAGAGGAUACAGCAAGGAGACGGGGGGAGUCCAGAACACAUGUGGAUGGAGAGGGGUCGCUCCCGCCUCCCCCGUCAGGUCGACAUGGGGAGCUGUGAGAUCUCCUCCAGCUCAGACACCUUCAGCAGCCCCAUCCACUCUGUCUCUACUACGGGGGUGCUGAGAGGACAGAUAGACCACAAGGAGGAUCACCAGUCGUCCAGUGGUAACUGGAGUGGCAGCAGUUCCACAUGCCCCUCCCAGACCUCCGAGACACUCCCCCCCGCCGCCUCCCCCCCUCUGACCGGCUCCUCCCACUGUGACUCGGAGCUGUCGCUCAACGCCGCGCCACACGCCAUCGAUGACCUCACCGGCUUUAUCAUCGACCCGUACCAUUCGGAUCAGCCGCAGGGCCAGGGUCAUAGGUCCAGCUCCUUCACCUCCUCAGCCACUGACCAGCUGGAUGAUGCAGGGGUCAGCACUGCCAGCGAGGGAGAGUGGACCUACCCUCAAGACCAGGCUGAUCAGGACCAGCUGUGUAGUCAGGACUUCAGCCCCAGGCGUUCCUCCAGGGGGGACCAGACCAGGAUAGACUUCACCAGCAUCAGCACCUACGACGGCUUCUCAGAGCGAGCUCCCCCUACUGCUGCAGCAGACUCCCAGGGCUUCUACUCAUCCUCCAUGCACUUUGACCCCAUGCAGGGCCAGAGUUACAGGAGCUACAUGUACAACUAUGCAGCAGUGGGCUCUGGCGCUGACUGUGGCCAGGGUAAUACUGUGGGCGCUACGCCUGGUGAGGGAGAGGGCAUGGCUGGGUAUCCUCCUCAGUCCUCUGACUACAGGGGAGCCACCCUGACGCUAGGGAGGCCGUGUCGUCCGCUGAAGAAACCAAAGGUCAAGCCACCCCCACCAAAACGGAGCUCAUCGCUGAAGGAGAAGUGUAGCGCUGGUGCUCCAGAGAACGUCCCCCCUGAGCAGGGCGAUGAGCAGGGCGACCAGGACCAACCAAAGAUUCAUAGUAGUGGGCAGACCCAGACCCUGAACCUGCCCAUGUCUUCCAGGGACAGAGAGAUGAGGCUGCAGCUGGACAUGGCCAGCCCAGGGGAGGUGGAGAAUCCUGGGUUGGAGGCUGAGGCGGUGGGUGGUGGUGGUGGAGGUGCCUGGGGGAUGGGGAGCCCCAGGAGCCCCAGGACUGUGGAGAUGACGGAGCCCACCUCGUUCGGGUCCACGGACACUCACUCCUUCAAGGACGAGGGCGCCGUUCAGUCUGACUAUGCAGACCUCUGGUUCCUCAACGACUUGAAAUCCAAAAAUAACCUGGACCCCAACGGCUCCUUGUCCACCUCCAGCACUGCUACGGGUACUACUGUUAUCGAAUGCAUGAAGUCGCCGCUGGACAGCUCCUCCUCUCCCGGGGGAGAGACCCAGGCGUUGAUGCAUUCCUCUGGCUCUGGUUCCAGCUCCUCCAGGCCCACCUCCCCUCCUCUUCCCCCCGGGGAUGGAGACUUCAAGCUGGGCUCUCCUGAGAAGCUGGCUGGCCUCGCCUCGCCCUCCAGCGGAUACUCUAGCCAAUCCGAGACGCCCACGUCUUCAUUCCCAUUAGCGUUCUUCCCCGGCCCGCUCUCUCCGACCAGCGGGAAACGGAAACCCAAAGUCCCCGAAAGGAAGUCUUCUCUAUCCUCGCUGCAGCACCAGGCCCAGACCCAAUUCUCUAGCUCGGCCUCUGGAUCCUCCUCUUCCUGUUCCUCUUCCUCUUCCUCGUCAUCCAGGAAGGACUAUGACUUCCCGGCUCCACCCACCCAGCUGGACUUAAGUUCUCUUCACAGCGCCCACAGCAGCCGGCCGUUACCCACUCUGGCCCACCGGACCCACAUGCACACACUGCACCAGAACAAGCAGAGGGCAGCAGCAGCAGCAGCAGCAGAGGCCCGGGCCACCGCGGGUAACACUGCAGCCGCUAACGCUAAUGCUAGUGCUAAAGCUAGUGCUAACGCUACCGCUAGUGCGAAUGCUAACACUAGUGCUAACGCUAGUGCAGCCCCCUCUGGGUUUAUCUAUGGAUCCACUCUGACCCCAGAGGCCCCACUUGCUGCCAACCCCAUGGCCCUGGCCAUCACCCCCACUGUGCUGCGCUCCGUCCAUCUACGUUCCAUCGGCCACAGGGCCACAGAUGGUUCUCAGCCCCAGGCCCGGGGCCAGGCUCAGGGUGCUCAGGGCCAGGAGCCUCCACCACCACCACAAGCAUGGGCCCACGAGGCUUCAGGGGCCCCUGCCACCAGACCCAAGAUGCCCAGUGUAACCAUUGUGACCCCCCACUCUGACACCAACACCAGGCCCCUGCCACCCAGGAGACCCAUCGCCCAGAAACCCCCGCCACCACCGUCCCAGGACCCCCACCACCCUUCUCAGGAGCAACACCACCACUCUGUACCCCAGCCCCAGCACCAUCCCACCCCCAUGCAGCACCCGGACGGCCCCCCGCCCUAUGAGAGCCUGGCCAGGCACCGGCAGGACCGCUACAGCCCCGGAACCUUCUGGGCAAUGACGGCGUUCCGGACGCGGCCUGCGGAACCUUUGGAACCUGAGGAACCCACGCACCGAGCUCCACCGCCAACUCCGGAACCCGUGAUUCCUACUACACACCCGGAGUGCCACGUGCUAGGGGAGCGGACAGAGGAUGAAGAAGACGAGGAGGAGGAAGAGCACGAUAGAGAGAUAUCAAGGGUUAUGAGUCACAGUCAAGGCCUAAUUAGAGAAUAUCGAGAAUAUCAUCAAAGAGAACAUCCAAGGGAACCACCGACGUACGAGACGCUAGAGGAGUCCCACUCAUAUCAGUCCCAGUCGCAUUAUCACAGCCAGUCACAGACACACUCCUGUCACAGUCAAAUGGUCCAGAGGUGGGACUUGGGCCCAAGCAGCAGUCCUGACAAAGUGCCCGGUGUAACUGUGGAAGCAUCACACCCUUACUCAAUUAGCCAUGUGAUAGAUCUAAGAGGUAGGGGUGGAGAGGACCGCUAUGAGAUGACAUCAUCAGGGGUUCCUACCAGAAGUGCCUCUCAGGAUAACAGCAGAGAUGACUCCACCACACCGGACACAGAGGACUACUUCAGCAAAGAGUCUACUAGUCCCAGUGAUAACUCCCUCUCUCCUCUGACUGACGAAACAACCAAACCUGAUGAUGAUGUUGUCUUCAUGUCGCCCAGCAAAUCACGUACUACUGAAGACCUGUUCGCCAUGAUCCACAGGUCCAAGAGAAAAGUCCUGGGCCGUAAGGACUCUGGAGAGCUGAGUGGGAAGAGCCGUCUGUGUCCUCCUCCUGCUGCCGUCGUUCCCCCUGCAGCUAUCCUCCCAGCCAUCCCCCCUCCGCCCCCUCUCAUCAUCCCACCCGCCCCAGCCCUCUCCACCCUGACCGCAGCCGGGACCCAGCGCACCCCAGGACCCAUCUACCGCAGCGCCAAGAAGUCCAGCACCUCCAACGAGGAGUUCAAGCUGCUUCUCCUGAAGAAGGGCAGCCGGACUGAUUCCAGCUACCGCAUGUCUGCUACAGAGAUCCUCAAGAGCCCCAUCGCCCCGAAGUCCCCUGGGCACCCCUUGGCUGCGGAGGGCCAGGUCAGGUACCCCACCGAGGAGCCCCCCUCUCCCCUCCAGGAGCCGUCAUUGCAGGCGGCCGGGGAGCAACUCUUCCCCCCCAGCCUCUUCCCCAGGCCCAGUUCAGACAGCUUCAGCCCUAAAACACCCCCCACGUCGGCUUCGUCCAGACAGGGGCGCUCCCGGAUCCCCCCUGCAGCCAAUAGUAGUCGCUACAGCACCCGUAGCCGACUCUAUACGGCACCCAUGCAGGUCAUAUCAGAGGGGGAGACUGAGAACUCAGAUGGGAGUCCUCAUGAUGAUCGCUCCUCGUAAAGAAAAUGGCAUGCUCAGUGCAGAAACAUGUACCCUAUUCCUUAUUUGGUGUACUACUUUUGACCAGGGCCCAUAUAAGGAAUAGGAUGCCAUUUGGGACGUAGACAUAUUUAUAUGGAUCUGGUUCAGUGCUGUUACUGUUCUUAUCUACUGAGUACUGACGGAUACACAACUAAACAAAGAGUGGCUAACCAGAGAGAAGACUACUCUGGACUACCUGCCUGGGGAUUUGAUAUCUAUGUGCAGAACUGAAGAACACAACUUUGUGUUUUGUUCAGAGUGUAAAGAAAGAAAAAAAUAUCUUGUUUUGAACUUUGAACUCCCUUUUUAAAUAACCCAAGAUCCUGUAUUGAGUUAAACGUGGACAAGAGGAGAAAAAUGGAGCGGUAAGACAACCUGUGUGUGUGUUGAAGCAAAUGGAACAUCCAUCGUCAUUUUUUAUCUUCUUGGAUGUUGGAUGACUUGUAUGUCGUGUCCUAACGUGACCCUAAAAUAACUGCUUUCCAAAAGAAUUGCAUUUCUCUCUACACUUACCCAGAGGACAGGUCAUUACCCAGAGGACAGGUCAUUACCCAGAGGACAGGUCAUUACCCAGAGGACAGGUCAUUACCCAGAGGACAGGUCAUUAUUUCAACCAUAAACAAAAUAUUCCCAGUCGACAGAAAUGAAUAAGCUGUAUGUUUUGUAUUGCUACCGCCCCAACACAAAACAAUGGACUGUGAUCACUAUUGACAACCAUGUGUCUAAGCAUUGUUUUACCAAGAGUGAGUUAACAACACACAUAGGUCUACGUGCCAUCCUCACAUAGAUAAACUACAUGUAAAGAAAUAGGAAUGACCUAUGCCCCUAGAAGUGCUCUCAGUGCAGGGAUUCCUGGCAGGGACACAUAAGGUAAAUAUUUGGUCUUGUUGAAGUGAUUUGGUGCAGAUGUCAAGGUGUCAGAAGAGAUGAUGGGACAGUCGUGCUGUGGCCUUUCUGUGCUGGAGGGCCAAGCAUGCAGGGGAUUCACUGACUACUCCAGAGGAGAUAUUUUGGACUAUAAAAACAAACAAAGAGUGAAAAGCUAUCGAGGGUCUUUACUACUAAUGUUUGGCUAGCUAGCUGGGAGGUUGAAAUGAAUCGGGUUUUCAAAGCUUCUCCUUUGCACUUCGUCAUUAUCAAUUCUUCAAGAAUAUUCCUUGAGAAAAAUAAAACUAAUCUUAUAAUGGAAAA